ACAGCGGCCGCCCCGAGCCAGCUCGAAGCCGAGCUCUACUACCUGAUCGCCCGGUUCCUGCAGUCCGGACCGUGCAAGAGAUCCGCGCAGGUGCUCGUGGAGGAGCUCGAGGAGCACCAGCUGAUCCCGCGGCGCCUGGACUGGCAGGGCAAGGAGCAUCGCAGGAGCUUCGAGGACCUGGUGGCCGUCAAUGCACACAUCCCUCCGGAUUAUCUUCUUCGGAUCUGUGAGAGACUUGGACCCCUUUUAGACAAGGAGAUCCCGCAGAGUGUUCUUGGUGUGCAGACAUUGCUAGGGGUCGGGCGACAGUCCCUGUUAAGGGCAGCAAAAGACUUCAGGCACACGCUAUGGAAAGGAUCUGCCUUCGCAGCUCUUCACCGAGGGCGGCCUCCCGAACUGCCUGCGAAUUAUGGGAAACCACCAAACGUGGUAAAUAUAAUUUCUGCCAGGCAGUUAACUGGAUGUGGGCGUUUCAGCCACCUGUUCCCAACAUCCACCUAUCAGCACAUGAAGAUGCACAAGCGGAUUUUGGGGCACCUCUCGUCUGUUUACUGCAUAGCCUUUGAUCGCAGUGGGAGAAGAAUUUUUACAGGGUCAGAUGAUUGUUUGGUCAAAAUCUGGGCUACAGAUGACGGGCGCCUGCUCUCGACGCUGCGAGGACACUCGGCCGAGAUCUCCGACAUGGCCGUUAACUACGAGAACACGCUGCUCGCGGCGGGCAGCUGUGACAAAGUGGUCAGGGUCUGGUGUCUCCGCACGUGCGCCCCGCUUGCCGUGCUGCAGGGCCACUCGGCCUCCAUUACUUCCAUACAGUUCUCUCCAGCAAGAAAAGGAACAACACGAUACCUCACUUCUACUGGUGCUGACGGAACAAUCUGUUUCUGGCAGUGGCACGCUAACACCGUGAAAUUUAAGGAUCGCCCUGUGAAAUUUGCAGAGAGGUCCAGGCCUGGUGUUCAGAUAUCUUGUUCUUCUUUCAGUUCGGGUGGCAUGUUCAUUGCAACAGGUAGCACUGACCAUGUGAUAAGGAUAUAUUAUUUGGGCUCCGAAUCUCCAGAGAAAAUUGCUGAGCUAGAAUCUCAUACGGACAAAGUAGUUGCAGUCCAGUUCUGUAACAACGGGGACUGCUUAAGAUUUGUCAGUGGAAGCAGAGAUGGAACAGCAAGAAUAUGGCAGUAUGAGCAGCAGGACUGGAAGAGCAUAGUCCUGGAUAUGGCCACUAAAGUGACGGGAAACAGCGUAGCAUCUGGGGAAGACAAGGUUACCAAACUGAAGGUCACCAUGGUGGCGUGGGAUAGACACGAUGCCACUGUCAUCACUGCAGUCAACAAUUUCCUUCUGAAAGUGUGGAACUCGUCCACAGGGCAGCUUCUUCACAGCUUAUCUGGUCACGAUGAUGAAGUUUUUGUUCUGGAAGCCCAUCCAUUUGACCAAAGGAUCAUACUUUCAGCAGGUCAUGAUGGGAAUAUUUUUAUUUGGGAUAUAGACAAAGGAACAAAAAUUCGCAACUACUUUAAUAUGAUUGAGGGCCAAGGCCACGGAGCAGUUUUUGACUGCAAGUUCUCACCAGAUGGGCAGCAUUUUGCUUGCACAGACUCUCAUGGACAUCUGCUACUUUUUGGGUUUGGAUGCAAUAAAUAUUAUGAAAAGAUUCCAGAUCAGAUGUUCUUCCAUACGGAUUACCGACCACUGAUCCGUGAUGCUAAUAACUAUGUUCUGGAUGAGCAGACUCAACAGGCUCCACAUCUUAUGCCUCCUCCGUUCCUGGUGGAUGUUGAUGGAAAUCCUCAUCCCACAAGAUACCAGCGGCUGGUGCCAGGGAGAGAAAAUUGCAAGGAUGAGCAGCUUAUCCCUCAGCUGGGAUAUGUGGCUAAUGGUGAUGGUGAAGUAGUUGAACAAGUCAUUGGGCAGCAAACUAAUGACCAGGAUGAAAGCAUUCUUGAUGGAAUGAUUAGAGAGCUGCAGAGGGAACAAGAUCUGAGACUAAUUAAUGAGGGAGAAACUCUYCCAACCCCUCCGCUCAACAGAUCCCACUCUGUUAAUGGUGCUCUUCGCAGCCCAGGUUUGGACGUGACAUCUCCCCCAAACGUUGGUCUCCGGCGAAGCGGCCAGAUUGAGGGGGUCCGGCAGAUGCACCACAACGCUCCCCGGAGCCAGAUGGCCACAGAGAGGGACCUCAUGGCGUGGAGCAGGAGAGUGGUGGUGAACGAGCUCUCUCCGGGCGUCAGCAAGGUCCAGGAAGAGUGUCGAGCUGCCAAAGGUGAAAUAGAAAUUGGCCUGUACACGGUGGAAAAGAAGAGAAAACCUUCCCAUACCUUACAACGGAACGAUUAUCAAGCAGGCAGCGGCAGGUCCUUGAGGAGGACGCAGCGCAAGCGGCAGCACGCCUACCAAACCCGCUCCACCAUCGAACACAGCCAGCAGGGAGCCAGCCAAAACGCGCGCGCGCGCCAGGACUCGGACAGCUCCUCUGAGGAAGACGAGACAGUUGGCACAAGUGACGCGUCUUUGGAUGAUCCUGUGACAGCGUGGCAAAGCGAAAGCAGCUCCAGUGAUUCAUCCAGUGAAUAUUCUGACUGGACAGCAGAUGCUGGAAUUAACCUCCAACCUCCAAAGAGGCAAACCAGGCAGGCAGCUCGGAAAAUCUGUAGUAGUUCUGAAGAUGAAAAUCUGAAGGGAACAAAAGGACAGGAGGAAAAAAGAAGGAAACUUAAACAGCCUAGAAAAAAGAAACCAACUGGACUGCUCUCGAUGGACGGGGAACCGAGCGAGGAGUGGCUUGCCCCGCAGUGGAUCUUGGACACUAUUCCGCGGCGCUCACCUUUUGUUCCCCAGAUGGGAGACGAGAUCAUAUACUUCAGGCAGGGCCAUGAAGCUUAUGURCGGGCAGUAAGGAAAGCCAAAAUUUACAGUAUUAACAUGCAAAAACAACCAUGGAACAAAAUGGAACUCAGGGAACAAGAAUUUGUGAAGACUGUAGGAAUUAAAUAUGAGGUUGGACCUCCCACGCUCUGUUGCUUGAAGCUUGCAUUCCUAGACCCAAUCACGGGCAAAAUGACAGGAGAAUCAUUUUCCAUAAAGUACCAUGAUAUGCCAGAUGUUAUUGACUUCCUCGUGCUGCAUCAGUUUUAUAAUGAAGCCAAAGAAAGAAACUGGCAGAUAGGGGAUAGAUUUCGCAGUAUAAUAGAUGACGCUUGGUGGUUUGGAACUGUGGAGAGUCAGCAGCCUUUCCAGACAGAAUAUCCUGAUAGUUCCUUCCAGUGCUACUCCGUCCACUGGGACAAUAAUGAAAGAGAGAGGAUGAGUCCGUGGGACAUGGAACCAAUUCCAGAAGGAACUGCUUAUCCGGAGGAGGUUGGUGCUGGAGUUCCUGUGACUCCAGAUGAACUGACAGCUCUUUUGUACAAACCCCAGGAAGGAGAAUGGGGGGCCCAUUCCAGAGAUGAAGAAUGUGAACGAGUAAUUCGGGGGAUCGAGCAGCUUCUUUCCCUUGACAUUUCUAAUCCCUUUGCUGUUCCAGUGGACCUUAGUGCCUAUCCCAUGUAUUGCACUGUAGUUGCUUAUCCAACUGACCUCACCACAAUCAGGAGGAGACUUGAAAACAGAUUUUAUAGGAGAAUCUCAGCACUUAUGUGGGAGGUACGUUACAUUGAACAUAAUGCCAGGACUUUCAAUGAGCCAGACAGUCCUAUAGUCAAGGCAGCCAAAAUUGUAACAGAUGUCUUGCUUCGCUUCAUUGGAGAUCAGAGUUGUACUGAUAUAUUAGAAAUAUAUAACAAGGUGAAAGCAGAAGACCUAAGCAGCACUGAUGAAGAAGAAGAGGUGGCAGAAGUAGAUGUGGAUUCAGAUGCUCCGGGAACAUCCUCUGGAAAAAGACGAGUAAGGCGGCCAAUGAAAAGACAGCCUGUGAAAGCAAGCCCUGAUGCUUGGAAAGAGCAAUGCGAGCAAUUAUUAAACCUGAUUUAUGAAAGAGAAGACUCUGAGCCUUUUAGGCAGCCAGUUGAUCUCUUUUCCUAUCCUGAUUAUCGAGACAUUGUAGACACUCCUAUGGACUUCAGCACUGUGAAAGAAACCUUGGAAGCAGGAAACUACACCAGUCCCUUGGAAUUCUACAAAGAUAUCCGAUUAAUAUUCUGCAACUCUAAAGCUUACACUCCUAAUAAGAAGUCUCGAAUUUACAGCAUGACUCUUCGACUGUCUGCCUUAUUUGAAAAUCACAUGAAAAACAUCAUCUCUGAGUACAAGUCAGCCCUGCAGUGUCGGAAGAGGAAAMGGCCGCGGUAUCGGAAGCGCCUACGAAGCAGCAGCAGCUCCCCGUCGACGAGCAGAGCCUCCAGCCCAAAAGGGAAACAGAAGCAAAUGAAGAUGCAGCCUAAAAGCAACCAGAAUACCUCACUGCCUUUGACCAGGACUAGUUCUUCAGUUUCAUCUCACGUUUCAGAUACAACGGAGGAACCUUUGGGUUCAGCCACUGGUGAAGAGACGGAAGGCCAGCCAUCCUCAUCAGGCUCAAAUGCACAGAACCGAGGYGGGAAUACCACUGAUCCAGGGAAGAGCAGACCACUCAGAAGUAAAUCAACRCCGGUGAAGCAAGAUCACUCUCCUGAUGAACCUCUUACAAAUGGUGAUGGCAGAGAACUGCGGGUUGGAGUCAAGAGGAAGUUACUAAGUGCAUCGGAAGAGGAUGAGCAUCUGGAGGAGGCCGAGGAAGAGGAAAAGAAGAAGAGAGAUUUAAAAGAAAAAUCUCGUUUAUCUUCAUCGGAAAGUGGGGAGUCAGGAUCAAGUUCAAGUUCCGAAAGCAGAAGUGGCUCUGAUUCAGACUCUGAAUCAACAUCUAGAACAGAUCAGGAUUACAUUGAUGGAGACCAUGACUACAGCAAAGUUGUGCAAUCCAAAAAACCCAAACGGAAAAUCAAAAGAAAAAUUGCCAGUGGGAAAAGAAAUUGGCAGGGCAGGGGGACAGGGAGAAGAGGGAGAUGGGGGAGGUGGGGGAGAUGGAGCAGAGGAGGAAGAGGCGGUAGAGGUGGAAGAGGCUGUGGCAGAGGAAGAGGUGGUGGCAGGGGAGGAAGAAGAGGCCGAGGAGGCAGAGGAGCCUCGCGAGGAGCCACCAGAGCCAAACGUGCCCGAAUCACAGAUGAUGAAUUUGAAAACCUGUUUGGAGGACAGUUUGGUGAAAGUGUGUUUGGAGGACGGUUCAGCCGGCCGCCUCGGAUCAAAACGAGGAACGAGGGCAGGCGAACUGUCUUGUAUAAUGACGAUUCGGAUAAUGACAAUUUUGUGCACACCGAGGAUCCUUUGAACCUUGGUACUUCCAGGUCAGGCAGGGUGCGGAAAAUGACAGAAAAAGCCAGGGUGAGCCAUCUCAUGGGAUGGAAUUAUUGACAGAUGGAGAACUUUGGAACAAUUUUAAAAGAACUUCAAUGGCCUUCUACUGCAGGGAUUUUACCAGAAAAUCUACCAAGCAAGUUGUGCGGGGACUCCACUCACUUUUCACAGUGGUGCUUUUCCAUUAUGUCAGUAUGCAUUUGUUUUGAAACUUCAGAUCGCCACACUUCAUUGGUCAAAAUAAGCCUUAUUCAUUAGGCCUUAAAUUACAGAAAUUCUCCCCCCACACACUACAAGUUCAUCACAUUUAAGAGGCUUCCAGCUUCUCAAUAAGAACAUGACAUUUUUGAAUCAUGAUUAUGAUUUUUUUCCCUUGUUUUGUUUUUGUAUUAUAGAAAUAGCACCUUCUUGCAGAGUUUUUAUGUGGUUUCUGCCAUAAAUCCUUAUACACAGUAAUAAUUAUUAAACUUUUGCACAAUACACCAAUCCUAAAGGCAGCUAUAAAAUGUUUACAGUUUCUAUAUUGUAAGAAGGAUMUGGAUUAUUUUAAUCUUCCCAGGCCAAACAGUCAUGAAUUGUGCUGAACUGAAGUAUGUCUAUACUACAGUCACGGGGGUCCUGAUGUGCUUUCUAUCGGUUCUUCACUCAUGUACAAAGUGACAAAGGGUUGGUGCCUUGUAAAUAUGUAGCAAACCUUUGAUGUGGUGUGUCCUAUGUGUGCAUUAACUUUAUUAAAAAGAGAAUACUUGAGAAGUAUGAAUAUCUAGACAAAAGGUGCCAAAAGCAAAAGUUACUUGCAUCUAUUUUCUUUUUGUCCGCUCAUAUUUUUAUAGCAUUAAUAGAUUGUGCAGCUAAGGGGUAACUUCAGCUUUUGAAAGGUUCCUCCUCUUCAAAGCUUAACGUGAUUCUUAAUAGUAGCUCAGCUACCUCUAUUUACAGCUACUGGAAACGUAAAAGAAAAUAGAUGCUCUAAUUCAGUACGUGUUGAAGAAGAGGCAAGAAGGAGCGGAGAGGCAUGGAAUUGCUUGCUAGGCUGUAACGUAGCUCUAUAUUCAUUAUAUUGACACAACAAAAACAAAGCUAAGUAAUUACCAGAGUUUUCAGAAAUGCUUUCAGCAGAUGGUGAUUUGCUUGCGCAAAUAGGCCAGCCGUCUCCCACACAUCUCUGCUGCCACUCAGAGCAAAUUUGUGUUUAUUUUCAUUUGCCCUUUAACCUGUGAGGAAGUGGAACUGAGCUGUGGUAUCUCUGGUGGAUGCUUGUAUUUUAUAGCAGUGCCACUAAGCUUCUCUUUACGUCCUCCAGAAGGACUCGUAUAUCCCAACUACCAGAAGAGAAUUCAUGUCGCACUGUACACUUAUCUUCUGUUGUACUCCAAAAUACUAACUCRACAACAGAAAGGAUGUUGGCAGGAAUAGUGCAGAAUGUGGGGAUACCUGGAAAAUGUCCGUCCUUGCUGAAAGGCCAGGCUGCCUCCGUGAACAGCAGUGCGUUUCACGUGGGAUGAGCUGGAGAUGAGCAGCCUCUUCACGGAGUAGGGGCUGGCUGCGUUAUGUAUGGAAUGUACAUUUUCUCCCAUUAUCUACAUGUAUCUGACAACUGUAUUUUGGUGAGACAGUGAGUUAAAUUACGCAGAGAGAACAAAUGAAAAAAGAUUUUUGAU